CGCCCUCAUUUGCUGGCUCGUCUGGUGAGGGGGGAAAUGCCCCCACGCGCAUUUCGCGAGCGGGAAACCACGAUAAUACUGUCCUGUUGUUGUUGUGCUGGGAUGCUGUGGCCUUCUCCUUUGGUAAAAACAUUGUUAUAACUGACUUCCAGCCAUUCCCCACAGAUCAAAUAAACACUACAGUUUACAGUGUAAGCUUUUGAGAACAUCUAGUUUGAGAAACUGGGUAAAUAUUUUCAAGUGGUAAAGAAACUUCGGCGAUUUGUGAAUUUCUAGAGUGUUUUGUGGAAAAAACGAAACACAUCUUCUCCGUGGUGUACUUGGCUGAAAUUGACGUGGACAGCAUAAUGGCAGAGUUUGGAUCUAAUCACACAGUGACCUUGAAACAAAUCAAGGAUGACAGACCGUUUGUCCAUUGUGUACUGGAUGACGCUAAGCUCACAAGAUCGUGACAUCAUACGCAUGAGUCUGCUCACCUGUGUGGUCUACUUCAUCAUCCAGCUUGUUGUUACCACCACUCAUCUACUGAUGUCGGGGCAGCCUUUCAACAGGAACUUGUUACUUCUGCUGACGUGUCGUGGGAUCUUCGCAUUAACCAGUCUCUAUUUCCACUGGACGCUGGGACAGAGGAAGUACCCGGCGCUCCGGAAGUCAGCCUCUGAAAAAUGUCUCCGCAAAGCCACCGACUGACCUUUCUCGGCACACCCGUCUUCAGCUUUUGGUUAUCUACUACUGGCAGAUGGCUACCUCAGAAUUACACAGCUCUCUCUAAUCAGUACCUAGUUUUGAUAAAUUUGGGGUCAAAGAUGUUUGAA